AUGCUGAUCCUACAGCAGCACACCACCAAACCGAGGCGUGCUUAUCUCUUUAAAGCGGCUAGGAAGCUACAAGACGACAUGUCGAAAGCGUUUGAAUUGCAGAAGCACCCCUUCUACGAUCACGGGAAGCAGGUCAUUGACUACACCAAGAUCAACUGGGCAUCGCAAAUUUUCCUGGAAGCUCUGGGUGAAGAGAUCACGAACAAAACGGCAGACGGGUGUGCCGUGAUCAUUGCUGCGUGCGACGUGGAGGAUGUCGGUGAGGUGAAGAGGGUGGUUCGGGCACACAACAGAGCAAAAGAGCUCCAAGAAUCUCACGGGCGCGCAAAAUUUGCUUUCAUGCCGCUUUUCGAAGCUCUCCCGAGGCGCCAGAGCGAGGGCAUCAAGAAGUGCGGGUGGUAUUCGUUCUACCGCUUCUCGGUGAUGGCCAACAUGCAGAUUGCUGUGGAUCAGGGGGCCGCCAGACUGAAGCUGUUGGGCAUCCAGCCAGAUGUGGGCAAUGCCAUGACGAUAAGUGAGUAUCCCGCUUUGGAGGAGGAUCUGAAAGAAGCAUACGAGAAUCGCAAGUACCCCUUCAUUGAAGUAAAUGGCGAAAAGUUGCUUUUGGAAGCGGAAGAGUUCACCAUGGCGCGCGAACGGCUUGAAAACUUUCGUCAAAAAAGCUUCUUGGACGAUCACACCAACGACCUGGGUUCUGUGAUAAUUGUUUCAGCAACCGACGCGGAUGGAAGGGCAGCCGCCAAAGUCUUGCAAGCAUUUCAUGCCCGACACAAAGGUGCCCGCCAGGUGAUGCGCGCUUGGGCCACCGCCGCAGACCAGUACGCAGACCCACACGGGGACCACGGCUUGGGGCUCACAGGCUCAGGCGAAAGGCUUGGGAUUGCAGAUUCUGGCGCAAGGGUGGAGAAAGUCUGCUGUCAGACAUGUCCCUCCGGCGGGAUGGAACACAGGCAUGAGUAUCGGUAA